UUUCCAGUAGUGAUGUCACAAAAUGGCGACCGCCAUGAAGCUGCUCGCUGUGUCGUUUCUACGCAGUUCGUAAGACUGUGGUUUCGAUGGAAAUUUCCACUGUUCGCCGUUUGCCAGAUGAAAGUCGCUGGAUCGAUUGACCCGAGGAAUUUGUGUAAACGUGGAAAGUGGGCAACUUUACUGCGCAGCGUUACAGCAUCGUACGGUUUAUAGCCUAUGCUAGUUGGCUAAUUGCUUUAGGCUGAAGUACCGGGCGUGCGGAUGUUUUGCUGAAUUUGGCUCCUUUCUACUUCGGCUUUGCUUGUUGUUCCUAUAGCAGCGCGCAGCUUUUGAAGCGGCCUGACAUUAUCUGCGUCGUACGGGCAUGGAGUACCUCGGAGGCGGUGCCGGUACGGUUCUGCUCAGUAGCAGCAAUGUCCCUGCUUUUCUCACCAAACUUUGGACUUUGGUGGAGGAUCCGGACACCGACCCGCUCAUCUGCUGGAGUCCGAACGGCAACAGCUUCCAUGUGUUUGACCAAGGAAGAUUCUCCAAGGAAGUCCUUCCUAAGUACUUCAAGCAUAACAACAUGGCGAGCUUUGUGCGGCAGCUUAAUAUGUAUGGCUUCCGAAAAGUGGUUCACAUCGAGCAGGGGGGUCUGGUUAAGCCAGAGAAGGACGACACGGAAUUCCAGCAUCCCUACUUCAUCCGGGGCCAGGAGCACCUGCUGGAGAACAUCAAGAGGAAGGUUACCAACGUGUCUAAUAUUAAGCACGAGGACCUUAAGAUGAACCAGGAGGACGUGUCCAAGCUGCUGAGUGACGUGCAGGUCAUGAGGGAAAAGCAGGAGACCAUUGACUCUAAGAUCAUCACUAUGAAACAGGAGAACGAAGCUCUUUGGAGGGAGGUGGCCACCCUCAGGCAGAAACACUCCCAGCAGCAGAAAGUCGUCAACAAGCUUAUCCAGUUCCUGAUUACGCUGGUUCAGUCCAACAGGGUUUUGGGCAUGAAGAGGAAGAUCCCCCUAAUGCUGAACGACAGCAGCUCGGCACACUCCAUGCCCAAGUUCAGCCGGCAGUACUCACUGGAGCACAUGCAGGGCACCUCGGCCUUCUCGGCACCCACAGCAUUCGGGGCGGCAAACCUCUUCUCCUCGGAUGAUCCUAUGAAAUCAGGCCCAAUCAUCUCUGAUGUUACUGACAUGUCACAGUCCAGCCCCAGUGAGAUCACUGAUGAGUGGACGGAGGAGAGGACGAGUCCACUGGUGCACAUUAAGGAGGAGCCCGGCAGUCCUGCCUGCAGUCCUGAGGUGGAGCCGUUGGGCGAGGUUGGGGUCUGCGUUCCUGCGGACACCCCUCUGUCCCCCACCACCUUCAUCAACUCCAUCCUGCAGGACAAUGAGCCCAUCCCAACCCCAACACCGACCCCCACCCCCACCCCGGCUCCAGCUCCGGCCCCCAUAGAGCUGCAGGGGCCCAAAUGUCUGAGUGUGGCCCGUCUAGACAAAUCCCCACAGAUGUUGGGAAUCUCUUGUGUUAUCCCAAGUCCUUCCCCUCAUCCCAGAGCGCCUCCGGGGUGUGAGCUUGCCGACCAUUUGGAGUCCAUCGACAGUGGCUUGGAGAAUCUUCAGGCGAUCUUGAAUGGACAGUCCAUCAAUUUCGACCCAUCUCCCCUUUUUGAUAUCUUCAGCACUUCACUGUCUAACACAGAAUUCAGCCUCCCAGAUCUGGAUUCAAGUCUUGCAAGCAUUCAGGACUUGCUGGUGCAAGAUCAAAAGGCAGCUGAGACCAGUACCAGUCCCAAUGAUGCUGGGAAGCAGUUGGUGCAGUAUACCGCCCAGCCUCUGCUCUUGGCAGACCCGGUCAGCGCCGACAACGCCGGGGAAGACUUGCCCAUCCUCCUAGAGCUGGAAGGGGACUCCUACUUCGGCAGCGAUGCCGAGGAUCCCGCCAGCUCCCUGCUCUCCUCCGACUACCAGAGCAACGUCAGCGGAGAGACCCAGCUGUCCUAGGUGGGGCGUCGGUGUGUCGGGCGUGUGGAUGCACCCAGCCGGUUCGGAUCGUCAUUGCCGAAGGCCGGUGAAAUGGGGGACAGGGAGUCGAACACGGGUGUUAAACGAGGGGCUGCCCGCCUGAUUAUGCUGUGGAGGCUUCUUUUGGGGGGGGGGGGACACACCUUACAAACCACAACCGCUUAUUUAACACGAACUUCGGGUUCUGAGUCUUUGUGCCGCGCUAAGCCUGCUAGGCAGCAGCCGUAGUUUCCGAGCCCUCGUCGGUCACGACCCUUCCGAAAUAUCCGGACACGGUGGCUAGUUUGCUAGUUUCCCUUCCCGCUGGUUUUCAGUUGCUACGGGUGACGGAGAAGCGUAGGUACGAUGUGACUUGGACCCAUUUUCUGCAAGGAUGGGUCAUUAUCCUUAUUUGUUUUGCAUAUGUUUAAAUACCAAGAAUGGUGUUUCAUUUGGGAUUAAGGAGACCGAGACAACACACGGACCCUUAGCAUAGCGUGCCGAAUAAUCCUUUCCUCAGCAUAGUCUCUCCCGGUUCAGUUCUUAAGCAUCUGUGCACAGAGGUAUACGAACACGUUUCUAGCAAUGGCUCUGUUAGCCUAAUAAAUGUAUUUAUUUUAGAUAUAAUGUCACAGACGGAGUGUUUAAAGAGUACUAUUUUUGUAAGCAUAACCGUACCGUGAUCGAUGGACUGCAAAGAGUAUAAAGGGAGCGUGGUUUUUUUAAAGUUUGGCGUCCCCUUGAAUGCAGAGCUCUGUAUAUAUUUGUUAUAUACCAUACAUUUAUACAUGACUUUUUUAAAGCGAGUGUAGGCCAUCCUUCCUUUCCCUCCUUUCUUGACCGCCAGCUUACUGACGUGUGCGCUGUGAUAUUGGGGGCUCGUGGUGACAAGCCUGCCGCCCGCCGUCCAUUUCGCAGGGUCCUCCCUUCCCCAUUUACUCUCAAUUCUUCGCUGGGGUGUGUGCAUUCGCUUUCUGCAAACUGAAAUCUAUGGCUAAUCCUGACUUGAGGGUUUUGUUUUUAAACGUUCUUAUCCCCCCCCCGGCUCCCUGGAAUUCUGGGACGUGUGACCGCUGCUAUGUCUGCACGUGUGUGUGUGUAUGCGUGCCUGCAUGUGUGCACACAAGUGUAUUCCCACAUUUGCUGAUAAAUCACUGAUAUAUAUAUAUAUAUAUGGGGUUAAGUGUGUGUAUGUGUGUGUGUGUGUAUGUAUAUAUAUAUAUAUAUAUAUAUAUAUAUAUAUAUAUAUAUAUAUAUAUAUAUAUAUAUAUAUAUAUAUAUACAUACAUACAUACAUACAUACAUACAUACAUACAUACAUACAUACACACACACACACUUAAGUAACAAAAUUCGCCAUCCAAUAAAUGUCAUCGUGUGGAAACACUUGUAUGAGUAUCUCAUUACGCAUGUGGGCAAGACUUGGUUUAUAGUAAGUUUCAAGUAAACAUGAUUGUAUUGAAAUAGUUUCAAUAUAACCCUUAGCGCGCGUGCAUAUAUAUAUAUAUAUAUAUAUAUAUAUAUAUAUAUAUAUAUAUAUAUAUAUAUAUACACACACACAAACUGGUUCUUUGUGGUUCAUGUUUUUCUUUUUCCAUUGCUGCUUGUAUAUUUACAAUGUGUUAAUAAUAUUAAUGUAUUUUUGAUUUUUACAUAAAUAUUGUUUAAUAUACUUAAGCGUUUCUGUUGAGCAUUUCAUUGUUUUUUUGGGACUUGACUGAUUUACGGUUGGAUUUUUCAGCAAUACUGGGGAAUUAUUUUUAAGCGAACAAAUUUCCUGUGUGAAUGUUUUGAGGAUGACCUUUGGGGGGAUCACUACAACUGCUGAAAUGCACGCCCUGGUUACUGAAUUUAUUGUGCUGUCAUUGCUAUGCCUAUUAAACAAGAACAUCUGAAAUAUUUGUGCUGGAAGUUACCUAUCAGAUGGAGUGAAAGUGAAUGAAGUGAAUUCUGUGGGUAAAAUGAUUCCUGGACUGACAAUUGAUUCCAUAAACUGCCUGUUUAAAUCUCCUUGAGUAGAAAUGACCCAAUUUUCCAGGAAGCCUAAAAGAGCCCCAAACUUUCAAAUAUUAUGUUCUGAAUAUUUUAAAAAUAAGCAUCAGGACUGGCUCUGCAGUGAGAAGUCGGGUUAAUUUGUUCAAAAUGUUCAUGUAGAAUGACAUCAAAUGGAAGGAGUGUGGACAGACUGACAGAUUCUGUAAACAAGAGCAACUUGUUAGGUCUUUUUACUAGUCAGUAAGAGCUGUUUUAUUUCAUCUUUAAGAUUCUCCUUCCUCCAGUCUGUCCAGCUGAGCUUCCUAACAGCUCUGUUAUGCUUUUGAAGUGUUUUCAAUAUUAAGUAUGAAGCAGAUUAUUCUAUUUUUCUUUUCAUAAUUUUCUGUGCUUUUCCCCCACGUUCCUAUUUAGAUUAAACUUUCAUUCAUGGACAGAUUUGUAAGCACUGUAUACAGGCACGAGCGAUGUUUUAAAAUAGUGUAAUACAGCAAAUCUGUAUUUUAAGUAACACUCAUUGGCCACUUUAUUAGGCAUCCCUACAUAGUAUGAUUAACGGACCCUCAUUUGAGUCCAAAAGCACUUUAUGGACUGAUGAGUUGUGCACUCAGAUUAAUUCCGAAGUCACCCUGUCUGCCACCAAGUUGCACCACUUUCAGAAUCCCUUAUAUCAGGCAUCACAGCGGUUAUCAUUUUUAACUGAACAGUAAAUGAAAUCCUGUUGCUGUUGUACACAGUGACAGCCACAUAAUUUGCUGUUUGGAAAACGAGGCUGAUUGCAUUAGUUAUACCUAAUAAUGUGGCCACUAAGUAUAUAUUGAUAUAGUCAAUUUUGGAUUUAUGUUUUUGUUUUAAGUUAUUAGUUCUGAAUUUAAAAUAUAUAUUUUCAUGGUUUGCCCGCCACUAUUUGUAAAAGUGUUCAUUUGACCAUAAAUGAAUUAUAAUAUCCUCAAAAUUUUCUUGAUAGCCUUUGUGUCCUCUCUGACCUGUUCCUGUUUAAGGAUUCCAGACAGAGUGGGACGGCUGCGUUUCCUGUGUGUGAUAUCAGCGAGGAGAAGUCUCUGUCUCUGAUAGGACUCUGAAUGCUCAUUUUAAUGGCUAACAGUAUCACCUGGAGAGUAUGCUUGGUUAACAUUUAAAAAUAUGCUUGUGGUUAUCGGUUAAUAAAUUGCUCUAUACACUGACAA